UGCUCCACCACUGCGCAACGAUGGAGCUAUCGCAACGAUGGAGAUGACGCAAACAGACCCAGCUCUCCGAAAAAGUGUUUCAAGACGAACAUGGCGGCAACUUAACCGCGGUCCAAGAUGACAAUGGCCAACGGGAGAAAGGAUUCUAGGCUUUCCGCCCAGGUACGGGACAGAGAAACCAGUCUGCAUGAAUCGAAAGGGCUCAUUGCUCUCCUUUAAGUGAAUCUGCAAACCGAACGGCGGCAGACGCGCAGCAUCAGUACCAAGAGGCUCGCAACAGCUGGUCUCCCUGCGCCCCCGACGAGAGAACAAACCCGGGGGACGGACGAUAGAAAGAGGGGGGCAUGCGGUCAAAGAGGACGCCGUUUCCCCCCGGAGAGCCAUGGAGAACCGGGAUGCGGCAGCGCGAAGCUUAAUCUGUGCGCGCGCGCUAAUUGGAUCGGAAUAGCACCGAUUGCUGCGGGCGCGAUAGAGGAGCGCCCUGGACCGGCGGAGGCACGGCACCCCACCGUUACAGAGGAGAACCAACCGGAGUCCAUCUCCCCCAAGUCAAUGAGUAUUGUGGCAGAGCAGCCCCCGCGGUGGAGUCGGCCAGGGCAGCACUUUCCUAAAAUAUGACCAGGGGUGCUUGGAUGCGUCGGCAGCAUGAUGAAGGCUUAAAAUACUGGUUUGCACCCCGAGAGAACGAGAAGCCAUUUACCGAGUCGGAGCGGGCCCAGAGAUGGCGACUGUCACUGGCCUCUCUGCUGUUCAUCACCGUCCUGCUCUCUGAUCACUUGUGGUUCUGCGCUGAGGCGAAACUAACGCGAACCCGAGACAAGCGGUCGGACGAGGGGCUUGCAAUUACGGACAUGGGCGAGUACCCAAACUCCCUCCACCGACACCAUAUCCCAACAUCACCUGACCCCCACCGUCUCGCCAGAGAGCAAGAUGUUAUUUUUCUAGGGAAUUCUACCAAACCUCUGUGGCGAAUGGACACCUGUCACCCCGACAGCCUGUCCAAAGACUGCUUUACUUUCACGGACGCGAAGACCGUGUGCCUGGGCCUCUCCGGUGGAGGGGGAAAGGGGACACAGUUUGCGUACGUGAAUCUGAGCGAUUUGUACCUUUCUUUUUGUAAUUCCUACUCACUUUUGGAUUUGUUUUACGGGUUUACGAGUCCGGACGAUUUGAAUUGCACCCUGGAUAUGGCCAUGGAGGGAUGCAGCGAGUGUGUCCGGGCUUAUCAGCGUCUUGACCAGCAGGCGGAGGAGAACUACCGGGAGUUUGAGCUGCUGGUUCAGAAAUACGAGACGGAUGCAUACUCGGUUAGGACGUGCAUGGAGGAAUGCAAGAUGGUUUAUAAGCCCUGGCUGUGUUCUCAGUACUUCCAGACCACCCAGAUGCACUGCAGUAAGCGAAUCCCUUGUGGUCAGUACUGCCUGGAGGUGCAGCAGCGGUGCCCCUUUGUCCUGCCCGACAAUGAUGAUCUCAUUCAUGGAGGCAGCCCCAGUUUUAUAUGCACAGGGCUGCUGGAGGACUAUCCAUCAGGUGUAGACCCGGAUGCAGAGUGCUGUGACGUGCGGUGGGACUUGAAAGUGGACAACCGUUCCCGGGGGACCCUGAAAAGAACUCACCCGCCAUGCCAGCACCGUACCUCCCUCAGCUCCUCGGCAGCCUGCAGACUGUGUAACAGCCGGCUCAAACUCUGCCUGCUGGUCCUUGUCCUCCUACAUACUGUUGCCAGCCUCACUGCAUCCCACAAUGCAACAGGACUGGGCCUCCCCGCCAUCACGCCUCUGGAGGAGAGCCCUGCCAAUGAGGAGUGAUACAGCUGCCAGGAGGAGGUGAGGGUGUUGGGGUGGGGGAUUCCCUCACCAUGGCAACCAAUGUGGAAAAAUACAGCCACACUUGUGCGAAUGGCUGGAGCUGUGUGCCUGUGGACAUUCUGCAACACUUGCCGGCAAAUGGAAAAUGUGGAACGCUUUGAGAAAAAAGACACACAAAUCAAUCAAAACAAAUCAAUAAGCAAACAAACAGACAUACUAGGGGACUCAACCAGUUCCUUACAUAGAAAGGGGACAAUGCCACAGCCUUUGUUGAGUGGGAAGGUCGGCUUCCUCAUGGCUGAGUUUCUCUCACUACGCUUUUUUACACUGUGUUCCAAUUAUUGGUUUGUGUUGCACUGGCUGACUAUGGAAUAACACAAUCAUAUUCUCUUUCUAAUGUUCAUCCUUUGUGUUUUUUUCUGGGUCUCUCAUACAUGAAGAAAAUGUGCUCUCUAAAUAAGACAGAUAAAGUGUAAAAAAAAAAAUUAGCUGCAAGGUUGUGUGUGAUGGUUUCUGUUUCUAGAUUUACUGUGUGUGCGAGCAUGCGUGAGUGUGUGUGUGCUUGUAUGCAUGUCUUUACACAUGUGUGUAUGUGUGCGUAUGAGAGGAUGAGUGUGUGUUGUUGACAUGUGCCCUAAAAGCCUACCUAACAGGUGAUGAUGUUUUUAUGGAGGCCCCCUCCGAUGUCACUAAGCUCUGCCAUGCUGGUUUGAUGGCCACAAUCCCAUUAAAACUUCACUGGGGUUUGAAUGUGGUUCUGAUGUCUAUAAUAAGCACUGUGUUUAACACAGGUUUAUGGUUUUCCCUCACUUUGUUUUGUGAGAUAAUAUUUCUGUAAUCAGCAUCAGUAAAUUGCUAACACCUGGCUAAAACA